CCUGCUACAUAACAACACUUCCCUCUUUUACGUCACACAAAAGGCCCAAAAUCAAAAUAAGGUACAAUUACAAACCCCUGAAUCCAGAAGGAAUCUAAGCCCAAUCCUUUGACCAAGACAAACAUAGAUUCAAUACACACACACACACUCCCUCACUCUCCUUCUCUUCACCUUCCCCUUUCCCUUUCAGAGCCAGACCACCCUUAUCCAAUUUCAAAAUCUAGAAAAAAACGACCAUUUUUAGAAAAUAAAAAGAAAUCACACGUGUCAAACGCAAAUAUCUAGACAAGGUUAGUCUCACCCAUGCGCCACUUUCAAUUCCUUAACCUGGGUCCAUACCGUGGGAUGAAAAAAACUGCCACGCCCCCAAAUCAGAAUUGGCUAAACCUAACCCAAACUUAGCUGGACAAACAGUGUGGACACUUUCCUUGAAACACAACCUCACCUUCUCCAACUAUAUAUAUAUAUGUAACAUGCUAACACUCACUUUCCCUCCUAAAACUAAACAAAACACAACCACAAAAACAAAAACUUACACAACAAACAACGUUGGUUACUGCUAGUAACUGAUAUAACUACCCCUUUUGCGCACGUUGUCCCGUUCACUCAAACAACUUCAGAAAACGAAACUUUCCUUCAGGUAUCAUGUUUUCCACCGACUCACAAGCGACCUCGCCGGUGUCGGGAGGUUCUCGUCCGGCGCUGUCGGACGAGGAAGUUUUUCUGGCGGCGAGCCACCCCAAGAAACGCGCCGGGAGGAAGAAGUUCCGGGAGACGCGCCACCCGGUGUUCCGCGGCGUCAGGCGGAGGGACUCCGGCAAGUGGGUGUGCGAGGUGCGCGAGCCCAAUAAGAAGACUAGGAUUUGGUUGGGGACCUUUCCCACGGCGGAGAUGGCAGCGCGUGCGCACGACGUGGCUGCGCUGGCGCUUAGGGGAAGGUCGGCCUGUCUCAAUUUCGCCGACUCCACGAAUCGGUUACCGGUGCCGGCGACGGCGGAUCCCCGGGACAUUCAGAAGGCGGCGGCAGAGGCUGCAGAGGCGUUUCGGCCCGGUAAUGAAUCGGGAAAGGAUGAUGAUGCGGUGGUGGAGACGGUGGCGACAGCGACGGAAAAUGAUGAAGAAAAAGAGAUGGAGGAUCUGAAGAACAUGGUGCUGAUGUCGCCAACCCGUUGCUUCGAGAGUGAUGAAUAUGGAAGUACGGAAAUGGAAUUUGAAGACAUUGAAGUUUCGUUGUGGAGUUAUUCACUCUAAUCUUUAACUCAUUAUUGGAUUUUUGAUUGCUAUUUUGGGAAAUCGAAUUAUUGUGAGCUUGGGAAUAGUACAAGAGUAUCCGUACUUAUAAUUUUUUUACUAGUACGAGACUGCUCAUUUAGGUGUCCCAACUCCAAAACCACCUAUGUAUGGAUAAGUUCACACAAAUUUGAAAUUUAAGUUGUGUAUAUACACAGUAGUGUAAAAUAUCAAGAAUUCUUAUAAGAUUUUUAAUUUUUUCGA